CAACACCACACGGAUGUUCUCAGCUUAACUUUAAAUCGUGAUAUUCAUCAACUUAAAAAGUAGUAUACAACGUAGGUAACCAUUUAAACGGAUACUUGUUAAAUAAUAUUAUAUAUUAUGGGGCGUGUAGCCAGAAAGAAACAACACAAGGGAGAUAAGCCUCUCAAAGAAAAAUACCGCACCAAAAGGAAGACGAAAGACAUUGACGAGAUUCAUGAAGAUAUGAUACCUGCAAAGUCCCAGAAGCUGCUAAAUCAAGAAGUGGAUUACGAUAAACCAGGAGCAGCUCAGUUUUACUGUGUUCACUGCGCGAAAUAUUUCAUCAACGAACCAGCAUUGAAAGAACAUUUCAGAGGAAAACCACAUAAAAGAAGGAUCAAGGCGCUGCAGGUUGAGCCGUACACCCAGGCGGAGGCGGACAGAGCAGCGGGCAUGGGCUCAUAUGUGGCCCCGAAACCCAUACAUGUGGUCACUGAGACACGCAAAACGAAAAUGGAGGAAGAUACCUGAGCAUCACACGAUGUACACAUUAAUUUUAAGCAUGUCUUUGUUUGGAAGAAAAGUUGACAUUUUGCCAUAGUUUUGGUGUUGUCGGGUAUAGCGGCAUAUUGUUAUCAUGGAAAAACUCUACAUUUUGGCCACAACUCAUUGUUCAAGAAGUUACUAUGAAACUUAGUACACUAAUGAUUAUUGACAAUCCUGGUAUCUGUAGCAUUGGACAUAACUCUAGCUUUAAUACUUAUCCAAUUAUGUCCCUUAGUUUAAUUAUAUUUUAUUCAUCAUGCAUAUAUAUUAAUCAACAAAGUUCACAUUAAAUAUAUUACCAACAUUUUCAUUUAAUACGGAUAUAUUGAAUCAAGUCGCAAACAAAAGCAUAGCUUAUAAAGUUUAUACUUCUUGACAAACUGAGAAAAAGAGACUAGUAUUGGAACCGACUCCUGGUUCUCUUGUAAUAUGUCAUAAAAAUCUUUCGAUACUUGUUGAAUUAUUUUAAGUGGUUGUUAUAGAUGAAUGUUUAUAUUUGAUAUUUUUUUCUUCCAUCUCUAUGUGUUGCUUGUUAAACAGAAAAAAAUAAAUAAAAGUAUUUUAGAAUUAAUGGCAGUUUCCAUAAACAUUGAAUAUGUUCAGUUUUAGCUUCACUGUUUUUUUAAGAAACAGAAGAGGUAUUGAUAUGGCCUUGGUGUCAUUGCUCCGAAGAUAUACAUCAGAAACUGAUCAAGAUAUUUAAAUGAAACUUGGCACAUAUGUUGCAAGAGACAAUUUGCACAUGUACAUUUACAUCCCGGCCAUCAACUCUGGCUUUAUUAUUAGUUGAGUAAUUGCCCUUUUUCUUAUGAAAAGACUAGCAACAGACUGUGUUUGCUCAGCAUCGCUCUUAUUUUUGUUUGUUUUUUAAAAUCAGGAUUCAUGUGUCUGAUCAUAUAUAAUGUUUAUGUGUCUGUGAUAUUUGUUUCUGAUUCUUAUUUUUAAAAGAUAUUGAAAAUGGAGAUGCACAGAUUUAAGCACUUGGGAAUAGUCUACUGGACCUCAUUUAGGCACUAUAGUUUUAUCAAGUGUUGCAGCUUACUUUUGAAAGCCUUAUGAUUAUGCUGUUCGAGAGUUUGGAUGGAAAAUUGUAAAUAAACAAUGGGAUGAUUUUUCAGAACUCUGUAAAAGUAAACAACGUGAUUAACAAUAUCUUUGUUAACUUUUAGGAAAAAAUCUUCUAUGUACAUUGUAUUGCUGAAAGAGUUGUCUCAAAACUUGUUUUCAAUGAAAGUUGCAGAGCAUUUAAGAUUUGAAACUUUACAACAAUGAUGUUAACUUAAGCAAGGCUCUGAACAAUUGGCAAAUUAUGUUUUAAAUGUGAUUUUAUGAAAAGCCUAACUAAAAUCAUGGAAUAGCAAAUUCAUGUUUAUAUAAUACAUGAACUGUUAUGAAUAUAUCCAAUAAAAUUUCAGAAAUUA